CCAAGCACAAAAAAAAAGAAAAAGAAAAUAAGGGAACCGUAAAAUUAAAGUUUGAUGUAGCCGCCCGGAUCUGCCUUGUCUCCCAAGUCAGAUUCUUUUCUUCCUGGCACACAGCGCCAUUUGCCUCAGGCACUUGGGAUUGUGGCGGGCGGUGGUUGAUUGCCGGCUUAUCGAUAAGGAGAGGCGAUUAGCUCGAUGCGGAAGGAGGGGAAGAAAAAAGCCUGUCGGGAUUCCCCACCUGGAGAUUCGUCGCGAUCCCCAAUUGCCGGCUGGCUUCGGUUCAACUGGCUCAUGCCUGGUGUACUCUACUGUGCUUCUGCUGCAGCAGAGGCAAUUAAUGGUUCAGUUCCAGAGUACCAGAUAGAAAUUGGCUUCUGUGGUUCUUGCCAUGAUCGUGGAUCAGAGGUUCAGAAAACAAUCUCUGCGAUAAGAGGAUAAACUAGUGAAUAGUGCGUGGCAUGGGGUCUGCGCGGGAUGAACCCCGAGUUUAUCAGCCACUGCCAGUUUGAUCUUGUAAAUAGUGAAAUUGUGAAUUGAUGGUUACAAGUGAUAAGGACGUUACCAUCGGGCUCUACACAUCUAGAUCGGAUGUCUCAUAUACAAUCAGCUCAAUUUGUAUUCAGUUAUAGUUGUAUACAAGGCAUGAAAUAUUAAGCAUCUUUCUUACGCUUAUGCAUGUCGAUCCCCAAGCACACCAAAGAAGCACUUUAUGCAUACCAUAACCCAAGAAAGUCAAUCACAUGCACACAUUCUCCAUGAAAAUACUAUUCAAUACGAAUGUAACAACGUCCUCUACCAGUCUCAAUGACAGCAGCUAUCUUGUUAUCAUGGAGCUCCGCACGUUCAGCCCGAUGCGGGUCAGUCCGGCAGUUAACCACACAG